AUGUCAGACUUUGACGACAAGAAGCCGGCGGCAAAAAGCCACCCCAACGCUGUUGAUAUAGCUGCAGAGGAGGAUUCUACUCAGGAAGAAGAUAACAAUACUAGCGCACAAGACCAGCUGCAACAGCUCCAACAACAACAACAGCAGCAACAACAGCAAUCACAUGUCCAACCACAACAGUAUCACGACCAGCAACACCAAGUUCAACCAGCGCUCCAGCAACAGCAAGUUCAAGGACCAACCAGCCCACCUCACACAGCACCCACUCACCAAACUGGAUCCAUUGCAACUUGGUGCAAUAGUGAGGCGUAUGUUUCUCAGGAUGAAGACAACAUGGCAAGUAUUGAUCAAGAUAUGAUCAUGGACAUGCUUCGAACCACAUACACCAUUGGACAUGCAGAUGGUGAUGUACGUCACCAGUUGGCACAAGGGUAUGACAUCUCCCCACCCGAUCCUGGGUUCUUCCUGGCGCGCACCACUAACCACCAGCUGAUUAUUUUAUAUGGAAUCAAAGUUUGCACACAAGUGGGCUCUGCAUGGUGCCAACAAACAGUUGGUUUUGCCGGCGACAUCCCUACAAACAGCCAGCUUCCAGCAACUUGGUCUACUAAACAUCUCAACACUAUGGCAAAGAUGGUGCAGGUGUCUGCAGUGGUCAAUCUUACCAAGCUACGAGCAAGUGUCAAGGCAAAUCCACAGCAGCCUACUCUAGUACCCACCUUCCCAACGAACAAAACUCCUCAGAAACUACCUGUGGUGUCUAUGGUGAAAAUCCCAGCCCCACUCCUCGCCCGAGCUUUGGCAGCUGGAGACCCACAGACCGCUCCUUUGCCGUUUUUAUUAGUAAUUGCGGAGUUUCUGCAUCAACACUCCAAAACCGAAAGCAAACUGCCAAGCACAGGUUUCAAUACUCCCAAGACAAUGCAAGUGUUGAAGAAUUCCCUGUUCGCCUUGGCAAGCUCCAUUACAGGGCGAAAAGACAAUGUCAUCACUGAUACUGGGGUAGCUGAGAUGGAACUUGCCCUUGACACUCUGUCUCACCAACCACCUGAUCAUAAGAGUACACUCUGGGUACAACGCAACUUUCAGACAAUCCAACCACUGGCAGCAACCCUGAAAGCCCCCCCUCCUACUACUACCCACCAUGUGUCAUUUGCAGCCAAUUCUGCCCCUACAGGACUUCCUGCACAAGCCCCUGGUGUACAUAGCACCAUUAAUCAUGCAAUUUCUGGAUUCUCUGGGCCAGGACUCCCUCCUGCACAAGCCCCUGGUGUACAUAGCACCAUCAAUCAUGGAAUUUCUGGAUUCCCUGGGUCAGGACUCCCUCCUGCACAAGCCCCUGGUGUACAUAGCACCAUCAAUCAUGCAACUGCUGGAUUCCUGGGACUCCCUCCUGCACAAGCCCCUGGUGUACAUAACACCAUCAAUCAUGCAAUGUCUGGAUUCCCUGGGCCAGGACACCCUCCUGCACAAGCCCCUGGUGUACAUAGCACCUUCAAUCAUGCAACUGCUGGAUUCCCUGGGCCAGCUUUUGGAGGACCCACUCCCACCAGUCCUGCAACACCUUCAGGACUUCCCCCUCCAGCACAAGCCCCUGGUGUACAUAGCACCAGCCAUACUGCAACCUCAGGCUUCCCUGGGCCAUUGGUUGGGGCACCCAACAGCAUCAAUCCUGCACCCUCAGGAUUCCCUGGGCCAGCUUUUGGCACACCCAACACCACCACUCCUGCACCUUCAGGAUUUCCCGGGUCAGCUCCUGGAGCCCCCAGCCUUGUCAAUCCUGCAUCUUCAGGACUCCCUGGGCCAACGUUUGGAGCAGCCAGCAAUAUCAACCCUGCACCCCCAGGAUUCCCUGGGCCGGCUUCUGGAGCACCCAGCAACACCAAUUCUGCACCAGCAUUCGGAUUCCCUGGGCCUCCUGUUGGAGCACCUGGCACCAACAAUCCUGCGCCAUUCGGACUCCCUGGACAACCAUUUGGCACACCCAACCUAGGACAAGGUUUUCACCCUCACUCUGGAUUCCACUUCUCUGGAGCACAUCCAGCCCCCUGGACACCUGCACAUGGACCACCAAGCAUGUUUCCAACAGUGGACACUGCUCCAAGAGCUCAAACCAGUAAGGACAGUGCCUUUUGGCACUUUUCCAUGCCUUGCUUCAGUGGAUGGAUGGGCUUCCCCACAAUGUUUCCCAACCCAUUGGAGAGUGGCAUGCCACGAUUCCUCCCGAUGCUUGCCAAGCUCCCAGCGGGCAGUGCAGAGCUCAACAGCUGCUUUCAAAAUGGAAUAUCCCAACUCUCUGGAACUUUGGAAAAUCGCCAGAACUUUCAAAGUUUCAAUUGGUCCCCUUCCCUCAAGAAGGAACUCAACACUAUGAGCUUCAAUCUUGAUGAUUUGCAGGCGGAUUGGCACAAAGGACUUGGCCCAGGCAUCGCUAUGAGCAGAGAUCGCGACGCUGUCACCCGCAGCAAACGACUCCACUCUGAAAUUGACGAAUAUGGAGGUCUCGGCUUCAAUCUGGGAAGAUUGGACACCCAAAGGUUGCAAACCCCAACCCCAUCUGUUCCUAAGGACUAUGCCUCCUUUCUACAAUUCCUCGUUCGGUACAGCCUUAUUCUUCGCGAAUGGAUGACACAAAACUGCAACCUCUAUCAGAUUACCUGGGCUCUCUAUUUGGAAAUCCUUGCAACCAACCAAAAUGCAUCAUAUCCAGAACAAUGGUAUCAGCGUCAUGGACCCUUCAUCAUCUGGAAGCUCAUCACGCCAUCAUCAGCACAAAGCAAUUCUUUAGCAACGCCGAACAACAUGAACACACCUAUCAGGGUUUGGACAUACUCCAGAUCCACAAAGGUUUGCUCAGGAAUCAUGUCGCGAAUGCAUCAACUUGGGGCUGUUGAAGAAUCCCCGUUUCAGCUUUGCAGAUGA